GGCGUUGGCUGCGUAAAGGUGGAGGCAAGAUGGCGUCCCUGGAUCGGGUGAAGGUACUCGUGUUGGGAGACUCAGGUGUUGGGAAAUCAUCGCUAGUCCAUCUUCUAUGCCAAAAUCAAGUGCUGGGAAAUCCAUCAUGGACUGUGGGCUGCUCAGUGGAUGUCAGAGUUCAUGACUACAAAGAAGGAACUCCAGAAGAGAAGACCUACUAUAUAGAAUUAUGGGAUAUUGGAGGUUCUGUGGGCAGUGCCAGCAGUGUGAAAAGCACAAGAGCAGUAUUCUACAACUCUGUAAAUGGUAUUAUUUUAGUACAUGACUUAACAAACAAAAAGUCAUCCCAAAACUUGUAUCGUUGGUCAUUAGAAGCUCUCAACAGGGAUUUGGUGCCAACUGGAGUCUUGGUGACAAAUGGGGAUUAUGAUCGGGAGCAGUUUGCUGAUAACCAAAUCCCACUGUUGGUAAUAGGUACUAAACUGGACCAAAUUCAUGAAAGCAAACGCCAUGAAGUUUUAACUAGGACUGCUUUCCUGGCUGAGGAUUUCAAUGCAGAAGAGAUUAACUUGGACUGCACAAAUCCACGGUACUUAGCUGCAGGUUCUUCCAAUGCUGUCAAGCUUAGUAGGUUUUUUGAUAAGGUCAUAGAGAAAAGAUACUUUUUAAGAGAAGGCAAUCAGAUUCCAGGCUUUCCUGAUCGGAAAAGGUUUGGGGGAGCAGCACUAAAGAACCUUCAUUAUGACUAAAUGACACUCAUCCUUUGGGAGAGUGAGCAAGUAAUGGCAGUUUUUCACAGUUUUCCUCUUGUUGUGUCCAUUUUUAACGCCUCAGCCUUUAAACAAAAUCAUCUAAAAAUGCUACCCUCCAGCCUCACCCUUUAAUGGAAAAAUGAAAGGAAGUGACAGCUUGGGAGGUUCAAACUUUGUCUCCGUUCUCCGUUGCUCACCUUUCUGUACUGUUUAUAGAUUAUGUAAAAGCCUGUGGAAAUAUGAGAUAUUGUCAAAAUGAUGCAGUAAAUGAGCAGAGACAGAGUACUGCAGAGGAAAUGUACUCUUGCCUAAAGCUGGAGGUUUUUAUGGGUCUGGAAUUUUCUCACACUCAUUGCUGAAGGCUUAAUUAAGUACUUCAAAAUGUAUCUCUAUUGUUUUACCUUUUGAAGGGGAAAGGUUACAUUAACCAGCCCUGAGUUGUCCACCCCAAACAAUUGCUGUCAUUUUCAAAGCAAAAUGGUGUUAUUUAAUUGUCUCCACCCUCAUCACACACAGGGAUGCCUAAUAAUAGCACCCUUGUCUCUCUCUCUCUCUCUCCUCUCCUGUGCAAAUGGCUCAGUGGCUGGGAGAGGCCGACUAAUAGCUGGAGUUAAAUAUAAAUACAGAUUAAUAAUACAUAGAGAACAGCCAUACUAGAAAAGAAUUCUGCGAGAAAUUGACAGUUCCGUCACUCUCGGUUGCAGCUGUCUGCAGUCUCUUACUGUUUUCUCUUUGGAAAUAGGUAAGGAGAAAUCUAAGCCAUGCCCAAGGGCAGUGAGAGAGAUUUAUGGCUUUUUUUUUUUUUUUUUUUUUUUUUUAA